AUGUUCCCUCGUGAGAACUCUGCACGUGUUCGUGUUGUAAACAUUAGGUGCUACAAAGUUGCUCGGUUGAGCGAGAAAAAAAAAAGGUGCAGCUGAAGCUGUCAUGAACAGCGUUUCCUCUUCGUGUUCGUCCGUGGCUCCCCCCUCGGAUUAUUUCUGCGAACCGCCCCGUUCACUCAUUUGAGGAGAGAAGAAGACUUUCUUCCUAAUGCUCGCUUCUUGAUGGACGUUUUUAAACUUGACAGGUAACGCGCCGCGUGUUUCUCCGCCGUCCGUGACGCUUCCGAGGAAUAACGGAGUUUUCUUCAAUCGCUGCUAACGGAAAUUUUUUGGUACGUCAUUAAUAUGGCGCCAAAAGAGUUAUAAGUGUGAGCUUGUUAUGUUGCUUUCGCUCUAGAGACGCCUCUCCUCAGCCGCUCGUGUUUACGCAGGAAUAUGGAACGCCAAAGCGGACAGAAACGAAAUUUAAACGCGCGUCGCAAUUCGUAAACGCUUUCGCGAUGGAUUGUCACGUUAUUGCGCUUCACUUUGCAGGAUUCUGAGGAAACGCUGAAAAAAAUAAAAAUAAAUUUGGGGAUGACGAAUAAAUAAGUGUGUAGUGUUGAACAGCGAUUUCGCGAAGUCGUCGUCGGAUGGGCGCUGCUGUGGAUUCAAUCCGCCGACAGUAACUUUUAUUUCUGUCUGUCUGUGGAGGGGAAAUUCGUCUACAUGUGCCUGGCCUCAGAUGAUCCCCUGAUUUCGGUGCAUCGAGGACAUCCCUCUUGUGCAAACUGCAAAAAAGAUGGAGAGUGAGAUGAAGAGGAGGAAAUACUCCACCAGCAGCAACGACUCGGACACCACCGACAGUCAUGUGACCACCUUGUCACGGUCCUCAAAGAACACAGGGACCAGCAGCACAUGGAUCCGCCACGAGCAGAAGAGACCGUCUGAGGUGUUUCGGACCGAUUUUAUUACAGCCAUGAAGUUGCCUGAUUCAGCACAACUGAGCCCAGAGGAGUUUUACGUCCUCUCCGACCCCUGGAGGCAGGAAUGGGAGAAGGGUGUUCAGGUGCCAGCUAAUGUGGAAGCCAUCCCUGAGCCUGUAGUCAGGAUGCUUCCGGAGGUCAAUCGAAUCCCAUUCUUUUCACCGAUCCAAGCCAGGGGUCAGUCAGAGUUUGGCUUCGGAGAGUCACAUGGUCUCACGGAGUCGUUGAGUUGUUACAAUCUUGAUGAUCUGGAUGUGACCUGGCUUGAACUGGUUAAUGCUGAAUUUAGACAACUAGCACUUCCAGAGCUGGACGAGCUGACCAUGGAGCAGGUCGUGGUGGAGCUGGAGAACCGGUGUCAGCAGAACAUGAAGCAGGCCAUCGAGACCGAGGAGGGUCUGGGCAUCGAAUACGAUGAGGAUGUGGUUUGUGACGUGUGCCGCUCACCUGACGGCGAGGACGGCAAUGAGAUGGUCUUCUGCGACAAAUGCAACGUUUGUGUGCAUCAGGCGUGUUACGGGAUCUUGAAGGUGCCGCAGGGUAACUGGUUGUGCCGAACCUGUGCCCUCGGAGUGCAACCCAAAUGUCUGCUCUGUCCCAGGAGAGGAGGAGCUCUGAAACCCACACGCAGUGGAACCAAGUGGGUCCACGUCAGCUGUGCCUUAUGGAUCCCUGAGGUGAGCAUUGGCUGCCCUGAGAAGAUGGAGCCUAUUAUUAAAGUGUCCCAUAUCCCGGCCAGCCGCUGGGCCCUGUCCUGUGGUCUGUGUCGUGAACACACAGGCACAUGUAUACAGUGCUCCAUGCCGUCCUGCAUCAUGGCCUUCCACGUGACCUGUGCGUUCGACCACGGACUGGAGAUGUGCACCACACUGGCAGAGAACGACGAGGUGCGCUUCAAAUCCUGCUGUCUAGAGCACAGCAGCGUCUCGCGCUCCAAAAACGAUCUGUCGGGGACGCACUUGGAUCGUUUGAAGCAGGACCAAGCAGAACAGGAGAAAGCCAGCCAACGCAAGCAGAAGCUGCAAGAGCUCGAAGAUGAGUUUUAUAGAUUCGUGGACCCCAAGGAAGUCGCAGAAAGCCUAUCUCUGCCAGACGCUCACGUGGACUUCCUCUUCCAGUACUGGAAGCUGCGACGAAAGGCCAACUUUAACCAGCCACUGGUGGCCAUCAAGAGAGACGAGGUGGACAAUCUGGCCCAGCAGGAGCAGGACGUUUUAUAUCGCCGUCUGAAGCUCUUCACUCACUUGCGGCAGGAUCUCGAGAGGGUCAGAAACUUGUGUUGCAUGGUCACACGCCGAGAGAAGAUCAAACACUCUUUAUGCAACCUGCAGGAGAAGAUCUUUACCUUGCAGAUUCAGCUCCUAGAGAAGAACCUGACUGGAGACAAAACUCAGAGAGGAGAGAAGAUUCAUCGCAAUGGGGUCAGGGAUCGAGUUAGAGAAAGAAGGAAGUGUAGUCCAGAAAAGAAAGACAAAUGGAGAUCAGAUGACAAAUCUCUAUUCACACAGUUGGGUUUCUCCAAAUCCUUCCCGCUGGACGGCUCUCUGUUUGACAGCUGGCUGGCUCGCUCCAUUCACAUCACAGCAGAUAACAUGCUGAGCCAGUGGUCUCUGUCCGGAGAGACGCGCCCCCCGUCCGUUAGCCUCCUGUCAGACCAGCUCCUGCAGGGCGAGGAGAGCCUGCUCAGCCUCAUGAUGGACCACUCCAUCAAGUCCACCUGGAAGACGCCCCAGCUGGGCCGCAAGCCGAGAGGAGCGCCGCGCAGCCGCAGGAAACCCGUCUCGCUCCCGAGGAUCGGCUCCGCGGUUAGAGCCAAGGCAGAGAGAGCAGGUCAUGUUCAGCAUCAUCACAGUCACAGCGACGGCAGACCGGACCCGCUGCAGCCAGCCAUAUCCAAAAUGGACUCGUGCCACAUUUCUGAAGAGCUUGGCUCUUGCGGAUUCGAUGUGGAUACGGAGAGCAGCAAGCGCUCGCUAACGGCCUUGCGUCUGCGUCUCCCUAGACCGAGCAAGUCACGCUCGAAGAGCCACUCGACGGAGACCUCCCUUCCCAAGAGCACUGGGAACAACACACUCCACGCUGAAACACACGGCUAUUUCUCUGACGCCGAGCCGAGCGACAGUGAAUUACGCACGUUCAGCCGGGAGCUGCGCUUGCCCCAACUGCAUGCUGGGAAGGAGGAGGUAGUGCGGCGGAGCGUGCUUGCCUCCUAGAACCAUUUUCAGAAGCCUGUUUCUCUCCCGUUCAAUGUUUUUAAAGAAGUCUCUUCUGCUCACAGAGCUUGCAUUUAUUACAGGAUAAACAUUAAAAUUGUAAAAUAUUUUUACUGUUUAAAAGAACUAGUUUCUAAUUGAUUAUGUUCAAAUGUAUAUUAUUCCUGUGAUUUCAAAGCUGAAUUUUCAGCAAAAUUACUCCAUUCACAUGAUCUUCAGAAAUCAUUCUAAAAAAAAAAGUAUUUAUUUGAAAUAGAAAUCUUUUGUAACAUUAUAAAUGUCUUUAUCAUCACCUUCGAUCAAUUUAAAGCAUCCUUGCUAAAUAAAAAUAUUAACUUAUAUACCCCCCCCCCCCCACACACACACACACACACAAGUUUUGAAUGGUAUAGUUUUUUUAUGUUACAAAAGCUUUUUUAUUUGAGAUAAACGUUGAUUUUUGGAUCUUCCCAUUAAUCAAAGAAUCCUGAAAAAAAUGUUUUAGAUAUUGAUGAUGAUAAUAAUAAUCAGAAGUGUUUCUUGAAUCAUUAUUUUUAUUUCUGAAGAUCAUGUGACACUGAAGACUGGAGGAAUGAUGCUGAAAAUACAGCGGAGCAUCACAGAAAUAAAUUACAGGUUGAGACAUUUCUUUUGAAAGCAGGAGUAAUAAUAUCCACAGUAUUACUGCUUUGGCUGCAUUUUGGAUCAAAUAAAUACAGGCCGUGAUCAGAAGAUACUACUUUUAAAAACAAAAUGAUUACUGUUCAAAAACGUUUUAUUGGUAGUGUAUAUUAGUCUGUCGCCUACAUUUAUGCAGCCGUAACCAUUUGUACUUGACUUACAGCAAGAAAAGCAGAAAACUGUGGGAUGUGUCUUCUUGACAAGCAAUAGGCUCUGUCCUGGAACAGGGACGAUGACGUGGGCAUUAUGACGUCUGUUCAGGUUGUGUUUUAUAUCAGUACGUCUGUCGUGUGUCUCCAGAGGACGCGGCUGCUUUAAAAUGACGUACAGAGAAAAUAUGACAUAAAUAAGCACAAAUAGCCGUCGGGGAAUGUAGUAGUACACAUGUACCUGUCGUAUGCAUCGCCUCAUUUCACUUUUACAGAGACUAGAAUCACACGUACAUCCUUCUGUGUAUGUGUGUGCCAGUGGACAGAUGCAUCAUCUCACGAACAUGAAGCCUGCUGUAAGAGCCAUGCGACAGCACGCUUUUGACGUUUGGUCCGUGCAUCUCAACUGGUACAAAUUUGGAAAGUUGUUUGCUUGACCGAGUGAUUUUUUUUGAGUGAUAAGCUCUGUCAGCUGGGAUUUGUAAAACACCAAUUUUACACUCUCUUUGUGAGAUGUUGCACAACAUAUUUUGGGUCAUUUAUGGUAACCUCAGUGCCUUGAGCAUCUUGCAGUUAAAAAAAGAGAAAAAGUAGGGGUGCACGAUAAAUAUCAGCCAAUAAUUAAUAUGCAGCUUGUCCGUUAACAACGGCUCUGUGUAGUAACAGGUGCUCUAUGUGCAAUCACGCACCUGAUGGAAUUUACCGUUGAUUAGAGAACCGGCUUUACUGACGAGAUGCGCAUUAAUUAUCCACAGAUAUUUAUCAUGCACCCUUAAAAAAAGUUUUAUUUUAAGAAUGCAUUGGCAUAUCCUUAUGAAACUUGGUCAGUGUCUUUGGCAACAUGUCCUAAAGGUACUCAGAAAGUUUUGGAGCAGUGCCACUUUGUGGAAAAAAUUAUAUAUAUAUAAUGUGAACAGCUUUUGAUUCAUUGUACCUAUUGUCUUGAUUGCUUGGAUCAAGCAGACUUUUUUUAAUUAUGCGAAAAUAACUUUUUAUUAAUUUUGCCUAGGGUCAUGAUUCCUUUUAAUCAUCCCGAAAACAAUUGAUACCAAUGAUGCAAUCAUCGGUAUACUUUAUAAUCAAUGUACUUUUUCGAUCUUCUCCUAGACCGUUGUUCCAAUUUUCACCAAAUUUGGCUCCGAUCCUCUUCACACCAUGCCAGCAAAAAAUAAUGGGUUUCAUGUCAAUAGCUGAAAUGGUUUUCAUUUAACGCAUCAACCUUUAUUGCUGUUUGCAGCUAUGUUUACAUUUGGACUUAAAUUUUUAAGUCUAAGGAGCGUUCAUGUUCGUGUAUCAUAAAAUGUGCAUUAAUUUGAGAUAAGUUCUUGAUUUAAUGAGCUUCAGGAUCAUCUUCAGCCAGUGAUUAAUUAACUAAUGGUUUCCAUAAACAUCUGUACGACCCAAAAUUUGUUGUGCGCCAUGACAAAAGACAGCCACCGAAGUUAAACAAAGUUAAAUGAAAAAUAAAAAUGGUGGUUUUGCAAUACCAAUAGAUGGAGAUAAUCACUCAAAUAAUAAAAAAAAUGGUCAAUUAACUCCAUUGGACCACUUGGGAUAUUCCAGUUACAACCAAUUAUGAUUUUAUUUUUAAUUAUUUCUUUGGGAGAUUCAUCACUCUGAUAUCUAGCAUUUUCUUUUCCACUUGCUCAGUUAAUUUUUCAGAAAGAACAGUUGUUGUCCUCCAUUAAAGUGUGCCUUCUGUAGCCCCCCCCCCCCCCCCAAUCAAACCAAUAAUCUGCGUGUUUUAACUGUGUUAAUACAAACAUGCCAAUCAGAAACUAAACCUGCUUGGUCCAAAAGCUUAUUUGUAAAUCUUGAGGUUGUAGAGAUUCUAGACGCCUAGAAAAUGGUAUUGACCCAACAAUGCUAAAAUCAUCAAUCCUGUUUUAGCAAAGUGCUAUUCGUGAACCAACUUCCGUCAGUCAGAUUGGAUGCACAGGCACAAAGUGUCCCCAGGCUUUGCUAAUGUUUUCCCUCUGCUUGUGAAGUCGAAUGAAUCAGCCCAUGGUGUUUAUCUCAGGGUUAUAGAGAAGAAGUGAUUGUAAUCAUCUGAGAAGCUCAAAUCUGUACAUUCACAAGCAACACGUGUUUCUUUGCCAAAACGUCACACUUUGAGACGAUCGUGUCAUGGUGUAAUGAUGAAGCACUUAGUUUCUUUUCCUUUAUCUUGUAUGAUGAUGCCAAAGAAAAGUAAGUCAGCGUGUGCUCUGAAGUGGAUCUAAACUUUGUGUCUGGAUCCUCUGAAGAUCUCAGUCUGCACUGAUAUCCAUCCGUACACUCCUGGAUCGCAUCAUCAAUCGAGCCUCAUCCGCGAUCACAUGCGUGUGCACCAGUGAUGCUCUGUUCAGAAAUGUUUCAUUUAUGAGACACAAGCAUCUGAUAUGUAGCGUACGUAAUCGAAGGGUUGGUCAACCCAACCCCAGUUCUGUAUUCAGUCUAGUGUCGACAGUGAAAGGGUCCAAAAUGGACAAAAAAAAAAGUAGUCCAUGCGCUACAUUCCAAGUCUUCGGGUGAUGCUUCGCCCAAAUUGAAGCAUCUAUUGACCGAACACCUUCCACAGUCACCAUAGAUCUUGGCAAGUUUGCGAAUAGCAUCGCAACCAAAGGACUUGCAUCAGAAGACUAGAAUAUACAGCACACAAACCACUUCAUUUUGUGUUGCACCGAAGAGUCGUUCGGGUUUGGAGCGAUGCCGUGGUGGAGGAACGACGGCUGAAUUGCUUCACUUCUUCACUGGCUUCAACCACGGCGGCCGUCUGCUGUAUCUGUACAGAACACAGACAGAAACCUGUACAGAUUUCAUGUAUCGUAGCUGCUUUAAUAGGGAGUAAUCAUAGCGCCGGUCCGUUCUCUGGUUCAGUAUGCACCCAGUGCACACACGAAAUACUGUGCCUUUAGUGACUUAGUUUCCUGCAAGAGUUCACGCUUCUUUACCAUGCUUCGUUUGCUGUUCGCGAACCAAAACUAUAACAUAUACUCUACGUAAUCUCUGCAAAUGUUCAGCUUCUGUGCAAUCAUCAUUUUCCUCCUAUGAAAGAUAGAUCCCGACACUCGCAUGGUGUUAGUGAGCCGUCUGCGUGAUCGACAAAGGGUAGCUAGUUUUUGCAAUUUGGUUAUUCUUUUGGUCUCUACUGUUGGCUUUUUCUGGAAGGUUGAAAAUCAUUGAGACGAUCAAAGGGUGUGCGAUGUUGACAAAAAAAUGUUUUUGAUUCUAAUGAGAAUUAGAUGAUUUGUAGUGUGUUUUUUGUUAUGUUGGCUGGAUUAUUGGCUCACAAAGACCUUCAUAUUCUCUUUGUUGGCAUUAGUGACAGAAAUUAACUUUUUCAAAGAAAUUGUCUAUCUACAGUGGCAUUUAUAUGCCUUUAUACAGACUGUCCAAUGCAGCUCGGAGGUGGCAUGAAUGCAUUUACACUGCAAUUACAAAUGCACUGUGUCCUUACCAAACAUAAUGCGACAGGAUUCCAGCAACAAGUUAUUUGUCAGUCCACAUCAGAUGCGACACGGCUAUGUGACAAUAAAAUCAAUCAAAUUUCACAGCCAAUCAGAAGCAUGUGUGGGCGGAGCCUCUCUGCAACUCAUUGCCUUCCCAAUUAAAUGAAUGGUUAACCGUAAUUCAUAAAUAUUAAACCUUUUUAAAAGUAUAUUUAGUGACUGACAAUAUCGUUAUGAAAUACACAUUGGUUUGCAUUGAGGUCUCAGUUUUAACUUUAAAUGUUUGCUGUAAUUUAUUUUCAAUAACCGAGGUAAACUAUAUUGGUGCUUUCAGUGUGGCUAUCAAGGUCAAGCAAAAUUAUAUUCAAAUUUAAAAAAAUAACAUCUGGGAUUAAUAAAUAUAAAAAAUUAAACAAAACUUUAAAGCAAGUCACUUGUCUUUUAAUGAGUCGUUGAAUCAUUCCCUCAAACGACUCAUUCAAAAACUUGGAUUUAUUCAGUAACGCAGGGCUCACAGUGUUUUCAUUGAGCACAAUAGAACAAAAACAGACAAUACUGUGUCUUAACUCAUUUAAUAAAGAAAUUGUGUAAAAUCAGAAUUGCAUCUGUGCUGAUAUUUGCAAAAACAGCACUUGCAGUAUGCUCAUAUGGCAUUGCUGAACUACAAUAUGAUAUAGGACACUUAAAUCUUAAAUUUUGUGUCAUUCUGCUAAUUUGAAUCAUGCUGUAAGACAUGGUUCUGUUUUGUUUGUGCAAAUUGAGGGACAACAUCAGCUCCCACAUCACUUAAACAACAGUUAGUAUAUUAUCCCAGAAGAUCGCACACCCCUAAGACCCAGCCUUUGUUUAAGGUUGAGUGGUCAGUUUAAAGCAUAUUGUGCCAUUGACGGCCCAUUCAUUCUUCUAAUGGAACUGAAUAUUGAAGAAAAGUCAUAUUUCGUUCAUGGAAAUAAAGUGAGGCCAAUUAGUAGGACCAUUACCCUUUUUUUUUGCAUUUAUAAAGAUGUCUGGACAUCUUAUUAUUAAAGUCAGCACAAAUAAGAUUCCUUACAAAAAAAGUACUUCUGCUUUUUAAGCUUUCAAGGGUUUCUUUAAUGGUUUUUGGUGAAGUGUGUCCCUCCCGAGCUUCACCCAAAUAUCCUUCAGUGUUGUCGUUCAGCUCCGAUGCUCUGUUCAGUUUUGGGUCAGAAACCCGUCGUGAAGAGCUUUCAGUGUCAUGUCCAAAUCCAAACUCUGCUGUCUCGUUUACUAUGCACUGUCAUUUUCCCACAAGCCCCUGCGAUCGAGCGGUUUUAUUCAGUCGUUCUCUCUUGAAAGAGUAAACGAGACCCAGGAGAGGUGAAGCACUUGUAGUCCAUUGAAGAAUGGCACGUGUCCUGCAUCUUCCGCUCGACACGGUUCGGAUACGAUGAUAUGAAUGUUGCAGGAGUUUAUCCUUCUAUGCUCUUUGUUUCAAAUGAUGUUGUGCCAUUUGUUAAUAGCAGAGAAAACUAUUGGACAUAUGAUUAGAAUAAAAAAAAGAGAGCUAUUUUAAAUUAUUUUAGACUUUUUUGCGAUAUUUAUUUUCUUGUAUUGGAAAUAUUUAUAGAAGGAAAAAAAAGACAAGUAUUUUUCAUCAGUGCAAAAAGCAAUUUUUUUUUUUUUCCUUUUUGUAUUUUCCAUGUUAAGCAGUCUUUAGAGCAAUAUAAUGUUCAUGUGACUGUAUGUGCAUGCUGUUUGUGAAGCCUUAAUAACAGCUCCCGUCCCAUCACCGCCAGCGCUCGACUGCGGUCGACCAGUGCAGUCAAUAAAGCUGUGCUUUCUGUUUAA